AUGUCCACCUGCCCUGUUACCGAAACCCGCCUCAGCCAGAUCGCUGCCGACGCUUGCAACAAUGCCUUCAGCAGUGCCACCACAUACAACCACGCCCAGACCGAGCAAUGGAACUCUGAAAUCAUUAAAUCAAUCUUGACCGCCCUCAUCUCCGAAUCCAAAGGUGAAGUCCAGUACAAGUUCGCCGUGAACUCCACCAUCAUUCAGCACUUGACCGACCCACGUCCCGCUGGCUCCGACGCAUCAGCAACCGCUUCUACUGCCACCGUCGGUCGCCGUGGAAUGCACUCUGCCACAGGCGCAUACUGGAACACCGAGAAGGACGGCAUCUGGAACUACAAGUACGAGGGCGGCGAAGCCAAGGGCAUGGAUGUCGUCGUCUGUGUCAUGUGGGUUGCCAACUGA